AUGGUACAGACUAUUAGUUCGAUAGAAGACCUCCAAACUGAACUUCAAAACGAGAAAAAUAACGAUAAACUUAUUGUGUUGGACUUCUUUGCAACAUGGUGUGGACCAUGUGUACGAGUAAAACCAAAAAUUGAAGAUUGGAGCAAUAAUGAAUUCAAAGAUAGCGUAGUGUUUCUUAAAUGUGAUGUUGAUCAAGCUGAAGCGGUUUCACAAGAAUACAACAUUGAAGCAAUGCCAACAUUUGUGUUUUUUAAAAAUGGAAAAGAAAUUCAUCGAGUUGUUGGCGCCAAUGUUGAACAAUUAAAGGCUGAUAUUGCAAGCCGAAGUUAA